AUGCCUCACAGCACGGAAAGCCUUAAGCUCACCAGCAACAAUCUGUCCUCAAUCUCCUCGCAGCAGGGCAAGCAGACCGUAAAGAUCCCCACCUACGACCGCAGCGUCGUCAAGGAGGGCAUCGUCCACGUCGGCGUCGGCGGCUUCCACAGAGCUCAUCUCGCCGUCUACAUUGAUAGGCUCCUCCAAAAGCACGAUGAGACCGACUGGGCCAUCUGCGGUGUCGGCCUCCGGCCCAACGACGCCGCCAUGCGCGACGUCCUGAACGCCCAGGACCACCUCUACACCCUCAUUGAGCGCUCCGCAAAGGGCAGCAACGCCAGCGUCAUUGGCAGUAUCAGCUCAUUCCUCUUUGCGCCCGACGACCGCGAGGCCGUCAUUGCCAAGAUGGCCCACCCGGACACCCACAUCGUGUCCAUGACCAUCACCGAGAGCGGCUACUACUACAACGAGAACUCCCACCAGCUGCAGUCGGAGCACCCGGACAUCCAGCACGACCUCGCCAAUGAGGGCAACCCCAUCAGCAUCUUUGGCUUCCUCUACACCGCGCUCGCCAGGCGCUACGCCAACGGCCAGAAGCCCUUCACCGUCCUCUCCUGCGACAACAUGCAGAAGAACGGCUCCAUCACCCGCUCCAUGCUCGAGUCCUUCGCCCGCCUCAAGAACCCAGAGAUCGCCGCGUGGAUCGCCGAGAAGGGCGCCUUCCCCAACGCCAUGGUCGACCGCAUCACCCCCAGCACCUCGCAAAACGACAUCAAGUCGCUCGCAGAGACCUUUGGCGUCGAGGACGGCUGGCCCGUCGUCACCGAGCCCUUCAUGCAGUGGGUCGUCGAGGACAAGUUCAGCGACGGCCGCCCGCCCUUUGAAAAGGUCGGCGUCCAGAUCGUCGAGGGCGUCCACGAGGUCGAGCAGUUUGAGAAGCACAAGCUCCGCCUCCUCAACGCCUCCCACUCCGCCAUGGCGUACCCCGGUCAGCUCGCCGGCUUCAAGUACGUCCACGAGGUCAUGGAGCACCCCAUAUACCGCAAGUUCGUCUGGCAGAUGAUGCAGGAGGAGGUCAAACCCCUGCUGCCCGAGAUCCCCGGCGUCGACAUUGACGAGUACUGCAACACCCUCAUGGAGCGCUUCUCCAACCCCACCAUCAUGGACCAGAUCCCCCGCGUCGCCCUCGGCGCCUCGGGCAAGAUCCCCCAGUUCAUCAUGCCCUCCAUCGCCGAGCAGAUCUGGACCACCGGCCCCUUCCGCCGCCUGUGCUUCGUCGCUGCCGCCUGGUUCCGCUACAUCAACGGCGUCGAUGACGAGGGCAACGCCUUCCAGGUCGACGACCCGAUGCGCGAGGAGCUCCAGGCCCUGGCCAAGGCCGGCGGUAACGACCCCCGCCAGCUGCUGAGCGUCAAGAUCCUGUUUGGUGACGACUUGCGCGGCGACCAGCGCUUCAUUGACGAGGUCACCAAGGCCAUGGAGCUCAUCGCCAAGGAUGGCGUGAUGGCGACGAUUCCCAAGUACGUUGAGUAA